GGAACAUUCGAGAUUUGGCUGAAAAAUUUGAGCUCGAAUAUGCUACUUGCGUUUUUUUCCUCACCCCCCGCCCAAGGUACCGAAUCGGAGAUGGUAAUUCUGAGAUACAAUUGCAUCAUGAUGCAGAUGACCUGGUAAUUGGAAAAGACAAAACAAAAUGUCUUGCCGUGAGUUUGUUGUGCUGUAUACAAAUCAAAAAACAAGAAAAGCAAAGAAAUGGCAUGAUGGCAUUUUAAGAACCAGUUCCUAUGGAAAUAAGGCAACUUUGUAUGAUGAUAAAGGUCUCUGUUUGGAUCAUAUAUACAUUAAAUUUGAAGAGAUACGAUCAGGCAAUGACUUUGAGAGUGAUCGAUAUUUGAUUACUGUGGAAGAAGAAAAACCAUCUCAGAAUGAGGAUGCCAAUUGCUCUGGUCAGAAGAUGGCUACAAAGCUUGUCACAACUAACAUAAUGCCUGCAAACCUGCCUCGAUGCCACUUGCCUGUCGGUCUAAAAAGGAAGCACACGGGCUUUCAAGGACCACGGGAAAUAUCAAAGAAACCAACUAUCAAAGAGAAUGAUACAACAAGUGCAACAAAUAAAUCCCAGGCUCCAAAUUUUUCACUCCCUCAGGUUUAUGCCACUUCACCCCUUUUUUCUACUUUAUGCGCAAGGGAAACUUCGUCUUGCUCUGCUCUUGUUUCUGAAGCUUCCUCUUGUACGUCCAGUAAAGACCUGUCAAAAGAAAUGAUGCCCAGCUUCUCAUUAUUGCCCCCAGCAACACUGAAUCAUUAUGAGAAACCGAAGCACUGUGAAGAAAUGAGGUCUUUUCGUUCUGCACAUACCGGAUUUACCUAUGGAGAUUGCAAUGAAAGAAUAUCUGAAACACUCCAGUCUAAUACACCAACUUUCCCUCUGGGAUUGUCUUCCCAUUCUGAAUUAGUUCGUGAGAAUAAAAGGAGCAAAGCUCAGAUCCUAGCCCUACUUGCAACAAAAAUAGAAUCCAGCAGUCAUGAUUCAGAAACCUUUGAAGUUAAGCCACAGAUGCCAUUGGUUAGUAAUGGCACUGCUUUUGCUGCAGUUGAUAUCGCUGGCCAUCAACAGGAAAACUGCUUUGAUCAGCAUGACUAUCCAUACACAAAUGCAGAUCCUGGGUUGAUACAGCAUUGCAGCACAGUAUCACCUGCUUACCAUGCAGAUCGUAAUAUUACAGUGAAUUCAUCUAAAAGUUUUGGUGGAGACUGUUCUUCCUGCAAUACCGAAGAAAUGAAUCUAAAUUGUGAGGAAAUGGAAGAUUCCAUUGUUCAAACAACAAAUGACCAAACUAUAUCUCCAGAGGUUUGGGCGACUGCUGCUGUUGAUGAAACACUGGACAAUAACAUUUGCAAAUCGAAAGAAUUUUCUGUCAAAAUGGAUAGUCCACCAAGAGGGUUGUUUUCUCUUGCUGAUGAUGAACACUCUGUACAGUCUGUUAUGCCUGUUGAAUCAGACAUGGUGGAUACUAACAGUUUUGCUGAUAUAAAUUUCAAUAUACUUGGUGAAUUUAAUCUGGAUGAAAUUGGCCCGAAUGAUUUGCAUGGAAGUGAAAUUGAAAUGUUACCACAAACAUCACUGAGCAUUAGCAGCUCCUCUUUAAAACCCACUGAAGUGCCUUUGUUACUCAAAGUUGAGGAAACCCCUGAACCCAAACACUUAGAAUUGGAAGCUCGGUUACCAGUUCCUGAAGAAGAGAAUUCAGAUCAUAUUUCGCAUGAAAAAUGUCAAACUGAAAUCAAACCUAGAGCUGUUACGAAUGCUGAAACUUUAUCAGAAACACAUACCUUAGUUGCACAUGAGAUUUCUGCAGUGGAAAUACAAGAAAACAGAAUAAAUGCUGAUGAGUAUUCUUGUCUUCCGGCCGAAGGACGUACAAUCACACUGCUGAAGUCUUUAUCUGAACAUAGCACUGCAAUCGAAAGCUUAGAGAAACUAAAUGUUCAAAAUUGUUUCAAAGAUCCUGCAAUUAGUAAGGCUAAAGAACAACCAUUUGUUAGUCCAAAAGAGGCCUCUGGAGAGAUGAUUUUCAAGAAUGUGGAUUUGAAACACAAUUACAAUGUGGACCACAACCCCAACUACUGUCGUAAUAUAAACAGAGCUCUGACAAUAUUUGCAACUGAACAUUCUUUGCCUGCUUUGAGGAAUUGUCUCACUGAAAAUAGCUGUGCUCCAGCUAAGGCUACAGGAUAUGGUGAAACAUUCAAAGGACUGAUGACUAAUAACAGCCUUAAAAAAAUGACAGCAUCUGACAGACCACUCAGAGCACUACAGAAUACCUCACUGUCAGAGCUGUGCUUUCCCAGAGCUGAUGUUUCACAAGGAGCAAAGGUUCUUAAGAGAGAGAUAAUCAUCCCAGCUACCUUCCUCAGUCCUACCCAUUACCGGCAGGUCUUCACAGCAGCAAUAACAGAGCACCUCAAUAUUUGGCUCUUUGACCUAUCUCAGAAACUUUACAAAGCGUUGUCAAAAGUUGACAUAUCCAACUACUCUUCAGAAAAAGGAGGAACUGCUGGUAAAGAGCAGAGUUUUGUCCCACUUUGCCAACAUCAUCAGCCUGCAAAGCUUGUCAUGGUUAAAAAGAAAGGUCCAAAUAAGGGUCGUUUAUUCUAUACUUGUGAUGCCUCAAAAGCUAAUCAGUGUAAGUUUUUCAAGUGGUUAGAUGACAUACAAACCACUAAUUUGGAGCAAGAAGUGGAGCCCCAGCCUAAGUUAAUGCUAUCUGAUGCCAAGAGUUUAGGUGCCUUCAUCAGAAGUCAGUACAUAUCUCUGUACAGUGAAUGUGUGCUUCAUAUAAGGAAAACACCUGCUUUUCAAAGAAAGAAAUUCUAUCAUGGCAAGGUGAAAGAAAUGAUAAAUAUGGAAGGGGAUUUGGAAAGUUGCUGCAAAACUAAACUGUACCUUGGCUUAAGCAGGAAAGAGAACUCAUCAGUUUACAAUAAAGAUGACCUCUGGGUUGUAUCAAAAACGUUGAUGUUUGAUCCAUUGGACACGUUCAUCGCAUGUAGUGUAUUCUAUGGACCAUCCUCAACAAGUGAAGUUGAGCUUUUGCCACUGAAAGGUUAUUCUCCUUCCAGAUGGUCUUCGGACAUGAUUGUUCAUGCUUUGUUUGUUGGUAAUGCCAGCACUGAACUUAGCUGUCUAAGAAAUCUGCAGGAACAUGUUAAUCCAGCUUCUCUUCCUCUGCUGCCACACUUGCUCAAAAUGCCUUGUUACGAUGAAGCAAUAGUCAAGUCUGGAAGAGGAAGAUUUAUUUCACCUGCGUUAAAAAUGCCCGUGGUAAUGACUGGAUUGUUGUGCAAAGAACGGCCAGUUGCAUUGGCAACAGAAAUGAUGCGGAAGUUUCACCUGAAUACAGAUCAGGCAGCUGCAUUGAGACAAGUAGCUAUAAUGAUGGCCAAGGGCGAGAGCCCCCAAGAUCUCAUUCUACCAGUCACUGUUAUCCAUGGGGUCUAUGGAGCUGGAAAGAGCUAUCUGUUGGCUGUUUUGAUUUUAUUUCUUGUUCAACUUUUUGAAGAAAGUGAAGCAACUGAGGGUCCUAGGCAGGUCCCAUGGAAACUUCUCAUUUCUGCCUCUACAAAUGUUGCGGUUGACAGAGUACUGCUUGGGCUUCUUGAGCUAGGAUUUGAUAGAUUUAUCAGAGUCGGAAGCAUUCGGAAGAUUGCCAAACCGAUUUUACCAUACAGUUUACAUGCAGGUAGUGACAAUGAAGAACUAAGAGAGCUGCAAGCACUUAUGAAAGAAGAUCUAACUCUUGUUGAAAAGAUGCACGUGAGAAAAAGUAUUGAGCAACACAAAUUGGGCAGGAACAGAGCUGUGCUGAAGGAGGUGCGAGUUGUAGGAGCUACUUGUGCUGCAUGUCCUUUUCAGUGUAUGAACAACCUGAGCUUUCCAUUGGUGUUACUGGAUGAAUGCAGUCAGAUCACAGAACCAGUUUCUCUCCUUCCUAUUGCAAGGUUUGGAUGUGAAAAGUUGAUCCUUGUUGGCGACCCCAAGCAAUUGCCACCUACAAUUCAAGGCUCCGAAAGUGCUCAAGAAGCUGGCCUAGAACAAACUCUCUUUGACAGAAUGUGCCUGAUGGGCCAUAAUCCCAUUAUGCUAAGGACUCAGUACAGAUGCCACCCUACUAUAAGCGCUAUAACAAAUGAACUGUUCUACAAUGGGAAUCUUAAAGAUGGAGUUUCUGCUUCAAAUCUGAACCCUCUGUUGGACUGGUUGCCCACUCUUUGCUUUUAUAAUGUUAAAGGACAUGACCAGCUGAACAGGGAUGGCAGCUGCCAUAAUCUAGAAGAAGCAACAUUCACUGUGAAACUUAUCCAGUCCCUGAUAGCCUGUGGAAUUAAAGGAUCUAUGAUUGGAGUGAUAACAUUGUACAAAUCUCAGAUGCACAAGUUAUGUGGAAUGCUUGACUACACUGCAAAAUGUGACCCUGCUGAGAUUAAAGCUGUACACAUUUCAACAGUUGAUGCUUUCCAAGGAGCAGAGAAGGAAGUUAUUAUAUUGUCCUGUGUGAGGACUCGUCAUGUUGGGUUCAUAGACUCGGAGAAGCGCAUGAAUGUCGCACUUACCAGAGGGAAAAGACACCUGCUGAUAGUAGGCAAUCUGACUUGUCUAAGAAACAAUAGAUUGUGGAAAAGAGUUAUUCAUCACUGUGAAGUGAGAGAAAACGGCUUGAAACAUGCGUACCAGUGUGAACCAGAACUCGACCAGAUCAUAAAAUGUUAUAAUGAACAGAUGGUGGCAGACAAGGAACAGAAAAAUCUGAAGUCCAGAAGCAAGCCAAUUCUUCCUGAAGAGGGCAACAAAGUUGUUAAUACCACCGAACAGGCUGAAGGAGAUAAAAUGUCUGAUGUACAAGAUUGCACAGAUUAUUGAAACAGAUAGACUACUUCAAGUGGAAAACAAGGACAAGAUGUCAACAUCAAAAACAUUGAACAGAAUGACAACAGCAAGACUGCACUAAGGCAGUACAAGUAAAUUCAUCUAAAAAGUAAAUAUAACUGGAGUUUGAAAAAUCAAACAGAAUUUAAUGUUGAGGAUUAUGGAUAACUUCUUGCCUCCUCUCCCGUUAUAAACAACAACACAAAAUGUGGAUCAGUCUGACGAGGAGUGGUUGGACACUUUUCCUGUCAAAAGGAAAGAAUGAUGUUAUGGGUGUAUUUAAUUGUACUUUUGUAAAUAUAAUGACAUUUUUGUAAGUAGACUGUAUCAAAUAAGAAUUAGACCUAUAUGUUGUCAUUUGUCAUUUAUUUAACAAUAUCUGCAUGUAAAUACAAGGCUCCACUGAAAGGUUAGACAUUUCUCUCAACUAUAGUUCUGCGAAAUUGAUUUUUGAUUUUUCUCUUAUUUAAUGUAUAUUUGGAUUAACCUGCAAAGAUAAUUAAUAAUGGAAAGACUAAGGACUCGCAGGUCAACAAAAAACUCCUAGUUUUUCAUAUUGUGAACAAGUUACAGCUUAUCAUUCUAUGGAAGACUCUUUCUGGAGAUAAAAUCAAUUACUCUGCUUUGGAAACGAGUUUUAGAGGAGAAAGAAUAAAUACAAAUCCACUGGUGUACUCUUGUAUAUAUUUUUAUUUUAAAAUUAAUCAAUUGUAAAUCUUUUGAAUUACCAACUAUGUCACAAGCUAGAUGGAAAACCGAUCCAACUGUAAUAAACAGAUCUGAGUGACCAACAGCCAUCUGUUGAAGGGACCAGUGAUAAAAUAGCAGAACCACUUCUGAAGAUUUAUUUAUUUUUGUGUAAGAUAAAAUCUUCAGAUAUAUUGCUACUUAGGUAUCUUACUACAGUGUACCCAUAAGUACUUAAUUAUUUGUUGAAGUGGAAAGGAAUCAAUGUUCAUAUUAUCUAAAAUGUUCAAGAAAAUUAUUUAAACAUGACAAUAACUAUAAUCAAUGUUAUCGAAAUAUACCAAUAGAAAAUAAAAUAUUAAAUGUUGAUAAAUUAUCUGGAUUGUGCAGAAUACUUUGAGAAAUAAAAAUUGAUGAAAUAUCUA